AUGACAAAAUUAUCUGAAAAUAAAUAUUUUAACAAAAAACAAUCUUCAUCUAAAAUUGCAAUUGUAAAACAAAAUCAUUGUAAACAUUAUCGAUCUGAUCAACAAAUAAAUAAUAAUAAAAAUAAUAUUGAAACAUGUACGUUAAUUAAAUUAAUGAAUAAUUUUUUUUGUUAUCUCGAAAAUUAUUCAUUACAUUGUACAGAUUUAAUCACUCGUAUGAAACCACCAGCAAAUAUCUCGAUGGAAUCGAAUCAGAUUAAUAACAAUCAAUCACGUAAAUCUCCAUCAGCAAUCACUAUUAUUAUCAAACCAUUUAUACCUUCGGAAUAUUCUAAUCGUUAUCAUCAACAAGAAAUUUGUUUUGAUAAAAUAUUAUCUUCAAAUAAACGAAAAUAUUCAUCAUCAUCAUCAUCAUCAUUGAAAAAUAUAACUAAACGAAUAUCAACUUCACUAUCAGAUAAAACACUAAAUAAAACAUAUUAUAAAAAACGAUUAUCGACAUUUAAAGAUAUAACACGACCAAUUCCUCAAAUGUCCAGUGAAAUAAAGCAUAAUGAAAAUAAACCAUCAGAUAUUCUUCAUUCUCGAACACUUCUCAAUAUUUAUCGUAAUAAAAAGCAAUAUACGAAAGAAAAAUAA